AUGGGCUGUGGAGCGUCAAAAUGGAGUGAUCCCGGUGUCGUACGCCAGAGAGGACUGUCAAGUGUCGGCGAGGUGGUUGUCUUCCUCCCAGGUCUCCGGGUACCAAGAACCAUAGACUUGUCUCAGCAACUAGGAGGGUCUAGCACUGCUAAUCUCCUCCAGGCUCUGGAAGAGUACUUGCCAGCUCUGCUAGGAUUGGUGGAAGAAGAGUGCUGCAUGACUGGACUGCAGGAGACAUCCAUGGCUGAUCCUUGGUAUGAGGUGCUGUCCGUGCUGCAUUUGAUGGCCAUGGUGUGCUUCUUGCAGGCUAACACCCUGCUUCUUCCUAGGUCCUAUGGUGAUGGUCACGGACCGAGAGUGUCAGAAGAGAGCAGGCAAUCCACUGUUGAUCUUUUCUUGAAGGCAGCUGGGUAUUUGGAUUGUGCAGUUCAUCAUGUACUCAUACAUAUACCACCUGAAAGAAGAAGAGAACUUCCAGUAGAUCUAGCACAGGGAAAUCUUAAAGCUCUUAGCUUGCAAGGUCUUGGUCAGGGGGUUGAUAUGCAGCUUGGACUAGCAAUUGAGAACCCAAAGGCAACAUUAGCAGUAAAACGACGCUUAGCUUGCGAGAUGAUCAAAUGCUGGAAACAGGCUGCAGCAUACUAUUUCCACGGAUUGAUUCUUGAUGAGGGGGAGACUGAAAAAUCACAAGAGACGGCCAUGGCUGCUCUGCAAUCAUCAGAAGAGUUUAUCAAUGAGAGCAAAAGGGCUUCUGAGGCCUUCCACUCAGCUCCACCAACAUCAAGAAGUCCAUCUGCUUUUGGAACCACCAAAUAUCUCUUGGACAUGAUACCAAAAGAUGCAAAGAGCAAGUUCCAGAGCUACCAAGACCUGAACACACAAAAAGGAGCGUUGAACAUAGGAGUCAGCAAGAUCACUGCAACACCUCCUCCAUUGCCAGAUUUUCCAUUUGCUCUAAACCCCGAAGAUUAUGAGCUUCCUCAUUCGGAUCCAUUGCAGAAGGGAGCUAACCAUGGAUAA